ACGGGUCAAAGUGAGGUGUGGGGUCCCCUGCAGUUCCGUCGGCGGCCUGCAGGAGGCGCUGUUGAACGUGAGGUGCAGCGGGGACGCCAUCUUGAGGAGACCCCGAACGCAGCGCUCGCUGUCGGUGAUUGACAACAAUCUGAGGCGCAUCAUGAUGGGACUACUCACUGACAAGUGAAGCGGUGUCACUUCGGUUUGAGGUCACAGCAACUCCAGAGACAGAGGAGAAGCAGUCCGGCGAGUUUUGAUCGCUUCGGGUUGAUUUUUUCGUAAACAGAGGCUGUGGUGCUGCCUGAUGGCCGGUUAGCUCUUCUCUGGACUCCGCCGCGGCCUGCUCGGGAGGAGGAAGGGUGGUGACGGCGCAAAAUGCUCCACCGCUGACUCCCAACAAGACACUUACCCUUCCCACGGACUCGCUGCGAGUUGGACGACGAGCACAAUGCACUUAUAGAUUUUAAAGGCUCUUACCUUUCCUGAUUUUUUGUGUUGUUGUUGUGUGUGGAGGCUCUGAACGACGGUGAGUGCGGACCCGAAAAUUCAGCCGGAGACAUGUCAUCCAACUGCACCAGCUCAGCGCCCAUCAGCGCGAGCAAAACCAAGACAAAAAAGAAGCAUUUUAUAGGACAGAAAGUGAAACUUUUCCGUGCAAGUGAACCGAUCCUCAGCGUUUUAAUGUGGGGUGUGAACCAUACGGUGAGUGUGUGUUUGGUGUGUGCGCUGAGCGGUUUGUUUAUACUGCUGUUUUGAUUUAGCUAGCAUGCUAGCGUGUUAGCCUGCUGCUUCUUUCAACUGUCAACUUAGCUCUGAUACUCUUGCUUGUUUUCAUUUGUCUAAUUAAGGAAGAGUUGACAAAUAUGAAGUAGUUGCACCGGAGCCUUUUUAAGUGAUUCGCACUGAGCUGGUUGCUUUUAGAGAGUUUCAGCCCUCUGCUUGCUUGUUUGGUAGCUAGCUGCAGCUUUAUGUUGCCUGAAGCGUGCGUUUUGCAGCGAUUCAAAGCAUAUCUGUUCAAGCUUCUUCAGAAAAUGUGCAUCCCCGCUGCAGCUCGUGUUUAUCCUCUCAAUGCACAGCGUUAACAACUCACCAUCAUAAAUCUUUGAUGGUGAAGUGUUUGGGUGCCUAGUCGUGAGCUGCUGCGCUGUAGUGCAGGCAUGGAGUGGGAGGGGUGUGACAGCAGGCAGCCGGAGCAGCAGGUUACACUGAUUUUCAGUCCCACAGCUGCAGACACACACACAGACACAGCAGCAGCAGCAGCCUCCCUAUUGUUUCAGUAUAACUGCUCGGCGCUUGUAUUUGCAGCUCAGAUGCUUGAUGCCUGCAUUAAGUCGCGGCAGUUUAUCCCAUAGCAUCAGUUUCUCUAAAAAUAGAGGUGAAAAAAUAUAUCACAUUCACUUUUGGCUGAUGCUGCCUGUAGCUAUGAAAAGCCCUCCGAAGGGCAGAUUGGACACCAGUGAUGGAUGGAGUGGGUUUGCACCAGCAGUUUGGUCUUGCCUAAUUUGCGAAACACUUACUGUUUAGUCCACAGGUGUCAAACUCAAGGUGCGGGGAACCAAAUCUGGCCCACGAGAUCAUAUUAGAUUUGUAUUAUUAUUGGCCCACCAGCAUGAGGUCUGCAGAUUUCCUCCAGGAUGAUAAUAUAAACUUUAGCACCAUUAUUUAAAAUGUCCUUAAUAAACCACGAUAAUCUGAGAAAGUAAAGAGUAAGGAAGAUUGGAUAAAUAGUCAAGAAUGUGGGCCAAAAAUUAUCCAUAUUUCUAAUUUUGCAUCUCAAGAUUAUAAAUCAAACAUGAUUUGACUUUUUAUUUUGUGCCUUGUUUUUUUUUCAACUCAGUAUUUAGAUUUAUGUCAUUUUAAUCCUUUAGAUUCGAAUUUUAGAUUUUAAGUCAUAUUUUGACUUUAAACUCUUGAUUUCAAUGUUCUCCUUAUGUAUUUGCUCUUUAAAAGCAUUAUUUUUCUAUUUCUAAUAUCGUGGUUUGAUCUUUUGAACUAAUCAAUUGGAUAUUUUACGUUUAAUCUCAGACUGCCUUUAAAUUGAUCUUUUUUACCUUUUGAAUUUUCAAGUGGUUUAUAAUCAUGGCUGAUUUUGUUAUAUAUUUUGGAAGAAGGCUGACAGUUUAGGUUAAAUGUUAACCCUGUUUGGCCCUCAGGUUAGACUUAAAUCAAGAUUAUGGCCCUUGCUGUGGUUGAGUUUGAGUUGAGUUGUGGUUUAGUCAGACACCCACAUAGAUGUAAGGAAGCCCUCAAUGGACAUACAUCUGUUUAUUUUAUUUGCGUGUUUCACAAGAUGUCGAUUUAACCUCAGAUGAUAUGAUUGCUCACUUCACUUCACUUCAACUUUAUUAUGUCCCAAAACUGGGCAAACCGGGUUGCAGCAGGCACAGACAUUUAAAACACUGCCAUACAUCAUAAAAAAAUAAAUAAAUAAAAUAAAAUACAUCUCCUUAAAAAACAGUUCAGGAGGUAAAAAGUAUUAAAGAUGAUUUAGAAGGUAAAAAAAAGAAACAAAGUGCAAUGUGCUGUUUGCUUACCAAUAUAGAACCCCUAGAUGAAGCUUGAUCUAUAACAAUAAUAAUAAUAAUAAUAGUAAUAAUAAUAGUAAUAUACACCAUAUGCUAUCAGAAACAGUUAUCUUCUCCUAGAGUUUGGGAUGAAGGAAUUUGUUGUGGUUGUGGGAACUCACUUUGAGAUCGAAUGGACGCAGUUUUUUUAACUUUAACUUAGUUCAUAUCCCCUGAAUUGCAAAAUCCUCAAACAAAAAUAGGCUCAACUUCCCUUUAACAAAAGUAUGGCCAAAGCUGUUUUUUUCUGGCCAGUUGUUUUGUUUUUAGAUUGCUUUAAAAUCAUCUUGUUAUCAUGAGAAAAUGAGCUUUACUAACUUGUGACAACGUAGAAAAUAAGUUCUUAAGUGUGCUGGAAAACCUCCAAAAUGGUCAGCCAAAUUUCCAGUCAUGGAUAACUUAUUGUCAAUGAGAAAAAAUGCGAUAUGUUCAGGAAAAUUAGGAAGACUUUUUUCACACCCGUGUUCCCACAUAGAUGCAUGUUAUUGUCAUCUCAAAGGGCUAAAUUUUGUUGAUGGUUAACCAUGUCAGAAAGUAACAGUCGUUUGUGGACAGUUGUGCAAUGAAUAAGUCAGAUCAUAACAGUAGUACAUGCAGGCUGAAACUUCCAGUACUGUAAGAAAACAAUGUCCUAAAAACAUGCAUACUGUAGUUUUCAUUAGGUGUAUAGAUCUUCUAAAAAGGUGAAAGAGGAUAAACUGGUCAGCACAUUUUGCUCAUUUGCAGAAGUUGCUGAUGAGCAGAGUAGCUUCACUUGCAAAGAGUUCAAGUUUGGGAGUGGACUCUGGCCUGGAGUGCUGUUAUAAACAUGUGUUGGGCAUUGUUGGCAGAGUUUGAUGAUGAAUAGGAAGCUGUAGUUAAAAUAUGAACAGCAGCCAAACAGUGAGCCAGUCAAACACAGGCUAAACACAUGCAAGCAGUAUGAUUUAUGUCUUUGCCAGCAUUGUCUCCUAACAUGCUGUACAAAAGACUGUCACAUGACAUGAUAGGUUUAAACGUUUUUAUUGUGUUUACCAGCAACUCAACACUCUACGUAAUUUUGGGAUUAAAAUAUGCUGUAAUAGUCUGGACAGAGUCAGUGGCUGAGGAAAAUGGACACAACUUUAGAGUCAACUUAAAGCUCCUGCGAGGAGUGUUUUUGUGAUGCUGAAAUAGGCUGAAAUUUAUAUUGAUGCCUUUGUAUGAUACACAAAAGCUAAAAAGACCAUCAGUGACAAGACUGACCAUUUUUAUAUCAAUGUUAUUAAUGCCUGAAACUGCUGUGAGGGGGGAGGUGUCAGUUAUCUGCCAUUUUUUCAUUAGACUGUCAAAAGUCAGCAGGGGGAGAUUUUUUUUUGGAAUACAUUUAGAUCAGUGGUUCUCAAGUCCAGUCCUCGAGGCCCACUGUCCUGCAUGUUUUGGAUGUUUCCCUGCUCCAACACACCUGAUUCAAAUGAUCAGCUCGUUAUCAAGCUCUGUAAUGGCUUAGUAACGAGCUAAUCAUUUGAAUCAGGUGUGUUGGAGCACGGAAACAUCCAGCGUUGUUUGAAAUACAGUUUUCUUUUUGUUGCUAUAAUCACAUGGAUGUAGUCACAGGGAAAGAACAGAUAGAUGUGUCCUUACUCCUGUCCUGGAACAGGAGUCAGGACUGUGUAGUAUUGCAAAAAGUACUUCUCUUAAAAUGUCUUGAUUUAUUUCAUCAUGGGCACAGUGCAUUUAUGUCAUACUAGCUAAGUUGAUUCUUGACAUGUCCUGGAAAAGUCCCGGAAAAGGAGUCCCAGAAAAGACUGGGAACCUACUUAGUCACAAUCUGGUGAAAACAACUGAAAUGAGCAGGUUAUAACAGCAUAUUGAGCUCUGUUGCCUUGAGAAAUAUUUAAGUAAAUAAGUGAAUUUAACAACAGUGAAUGUAUUAAUCUUGAAAAACUGAAAAACUGAGUAUAUGACAGAUGUAUCAUGUUUGCUUCCAUACUAUUGCUCAGUGUUGUUGGUGCUGUUGGAUCAGCCUCCUGGGUAUGGCAGGGAGCUGUUUCCAAGACUGAAACUUUGUUUUGCUCUGAAGGAGGAGCAUCUGGCUGUGUUAACUCCAUUGUCAGGUGUAGUUUGUUUUCAGGUCCCUUGAUAAAUCUUUGGUUCCCCUGUGGCGGGUGAAGUACAUUACUGAGUCAUCAGCAGUGUUGGGAUUGGAUGACAAAGUGACGAGACCCCGAACCAAACUGGAUCUCGGAGAAAAUUCAAUACCAAUUUGAGAGGAGAAAAAUUUGCUGCUUACCUCUGAGGCAGCUGAAGUAGUGGUUUAUUGAGCUGGAGUGAGGGAGCAAAAUCUCUUCUACGUGGACUGAGUAACGAUGCUGCUGAUCUGACUGUUCAGAGGUAUUUGGAGGGCUGCUCUCAUAGACAUAAAACACGUGUUCAAGAGUUGUUUUUGGAGUAGAUCACCCCAGUCUCAGAAAUGAUGUUCUACUACAUGCGUUGCAGAAAGUUCUUUCAAUGACCAGAGUCAGAAGCAAAGCAUUAGACUUAUCAAACGUGGGGACAAACCAACUAAGGACUUAACUCUUUUAGCAACUCUCUGUAUCGCCCCCUUUCCAAACAAAAAUAUAGACAGUAAUUAGCUAUAAACUAACUGUGGUUAAAUGUUGAGAGUGACUAUAAUCACAGCAGACCUGACACUGUGACUGUAGAUAUCUAUUCCAGUGUUAAACCUCUAUGAAUUUCUGCAGGAUAUGAGAGCCUCUAACACCAGCCACCCUGUUUAAAGAAAUGACACAGAGGAUGAAAUGCAUCCAAGCAGGGAAUUAAGGAGGCAGCUAAUGAUAUGGUUAUCACUGCAGUAUUCAGUGGGUGAUCUUUGGCAGUGGGCGUGUGGAUGCAGCACACAGAACCGGUGAUUUGAGGUGUGGGUGGGAAGCCAAUUCAAGACAUCAAACGGGCUCCUCAUCAAAGUCCUCUUCUUCCAGUCAGAAGUUGGAUGCAUAUUUAAUGGUGCCCGAGCUGCGAUGCUGCAGAACUUAACUCCAACACAGCGUCAGGCGGUGUUAUAAUGAUGCACGGCAACUCUUGUUUGAUGCACACAAUUUACUGAUCUUUUUUUAAAAAGUAGCAAUAAAUGACAUUGUGUUUAUAUAUAUUUGAAAAUACUGACUUGAAAACUUGUUUUCAGGCCAUAAUGCCACUUUUCUAUUGAUAUACCCAUUUGAAGUAAUCAAGGUCUCUACAAGAACCCAGAGGCUGCGUGACUUCACUCUCGCUCUCAAAACUUUAUUCAGUUAUUUCACUCCUAACCAUCAUGACUGCUAUUUUGUGCUCACUGUGUUUAAAGCUCCUGUGAGGAGCAUUGAAAGGUUCUGGAAACAGACUGAAAUUAACAACGUUGCUUGUUAAUGACUAGCAAAGGCAAACAAGGCCAGCCACCAUGAGCAGAGCAAUUUCUGUGUUGUAAUUUUCACACCUGUAGGUGCUGGGAAGAGGGUAGGUGUCAGACCGCCAUGCAAAAGAAGUCUUUUUUUCUUUAUUUUACAUUUUCCACAACAUGUUUUUUUUCCUUUCUUUCUUCUUUGUCAAGAUUAUUUUUAGGGCUUUUGUUGACAGGACAUUCUGACAGAGAAUGGAGAUAGUGAGAGGCGAUGACGCGCACUCAAUCUUGCCGAGAUCAAGAAUUGAUCCUACGACAAGCGCAACGAGGACUGCAGCUUACUGGAUUACAGCAGGAGCAUGUUUCAUUCAGACCACCCCCCUUUUGUCAGACCCUGUGUGACCCCCAAAUUGAUUGAUAAGCAACUGCGGUGUAAAAGUUAUAGCAGUACAAGUCAUAACAAGAUGCACCAAACUUAUCGUGCCCUUAAGCGCAUGUCCACUUCUGAUGAAUACAAGCAUGAGAAAGAUGACUGUCCAUCUGGGUCAGCACUGCCUCUGCAUGCUCUGAGUCUGAGAGUGAGGGGACAACAUCAGAUACAAAUUGGGGAAAUGCAACACCUGCACAAAAGAAACGUUUACCUGCCAUGCAGAUGUUAUAAAUGAUUAGAAAAGGUACAGUUAUUUAUGGGUAUGAACAGAAAUUGCAAUGUAUUGGUCCUCUCUUUCCAUAUAGCUGCUGGUCAGUGAAAAAAGCAUCACUCCACCUAUGCAAACACGGUUGUGAGAUUGAGGGCAAUAAUUAUGCAGCAGAUAUGCAGACUCUAAAUUCCCUUAGAUGGAAACACUUAACUUCCCCCCGACUGCAAACAGCUGGUACACAGACAUAGACGGUGUACCAUCAAGUUGAUGGGUAUUGAAAUAGACAUUUGAGGCUGUUGUUAGAUAGUGUUUGUAAAAAGCCUUGUCACUGAGAUAAAUAGUAGGGGUGGGAGAAAGAAUCAAUACGGCAUAGUAUCGCAAUACUUUGUCUGGUGAUAUAUGGUAUCGCCUCAUUGACUAAGUAUCGAUUUUUUUCAAAUUAAUUGCUAAUAUGAAGUCAAAUGUACGAUAAUGGACAAAUAAAAUCAACUGGUUAUCCGGUGAGGUUGGCAGAGGUGACAUCAUAGAGCAGGAGAAAGUUAGUGCAACAAAUAUAGCAGCACCUGGAGAAAGACAUUAGCAAUGCAAGCAGAGCACAAAUAAGAUGGACCUGACACAUGAGGUUUGUAAGAUGUGUUCCAUGAAAAUAAAAUACUGUGUAAAUAAGACAAACAUAAAGGAAAGACAAAUGCUAAAUUAGCCAAACUUUAUAAGGAAAAAAAGAAACUGUUAUAAGAAGGUAACAAAUACAGAACAUGAUGACUUUGAUGUAAAACACUUUUCCUACACGGAGUCUGCAGCAGCUUUGCUGCAACAUAACUAUGCAAGGUUUUUAUUAUGUUGUUGUACACUCUCAGACAAUUCAACUGAAGCUCUUUCUGCCAUUUCAUUCAUUGUAUUACCCUGCAAAAUAGUUUUCAAAUAGCAUGCAUGGGAAAAUGAUGAUAUACCCAAAUACUAAUUUAUCUAUAAAUGACUCUUAACAGCUCAAUAAGUAAAGCAUCAUCAGCAGUUUGACUUCAAAAUGAGAAUAACCAAAAUGUUCGGUUGCAAAACAGCAGUGAAAAGACUGUGUACUUCCCCCUUUCCACCUUUUUCAGCCCAUCUGUUCAGAGUUCCUCACUUCACAGUUCCUCAAAGUCGACCGAACUUUCUCCCUGCGCUGUGUUUUGGAUCCAUUUUUUUCAUCAUUUGUUCCUCAUUUUGCUAUUUAACCCGUAUGAAAAAAAGUGUGUUAUUCUGAGGUCCAUUAGUGUGGCCUGUUGCUCUGGGUGUGUUUUCCAGCCGAUAAGAUCAGAGUCAGGGAGCUUGUUUGCAGCAGUAACAAGAAAAGUGUCAGGCUGGUCUUUGGUCCUGCAGUGAGCGUUUGAUGCUGGUCACUUUGUGAGAGAUGUGUGAGAAUGUGUGGGUUACAUGAAGCUGAUAACACAUUCUGUUUGAGCACAUUGAAGUUGUUGCGCUCUGGUAUUCUGAGAUCUGUUGUAUUAAUUUGCAUGUGCAGUAUUGUACCCUGAUAAUGUGAGGUUUAAAGCACAUCCCGAUUUGUUUGACUGGAGCUGCACAUUGAAGUGGUUUGCGUGGGAGUGUGUUUAAGCAAACGGCUCCCAUAUUGAAAUCACAGAAGUCAACAUUGCAGCUUUGGUUCCUUACUUUCCUGAAUAAAUAUACAGAAUGUUUAUUUAUGUAUCAGCUGUUUCCUCUCUUCCCCGAGCUCUUGUCUGAUCUGUCUCUGUUUUCUCUCUUUACUCCUCCAGGUGAACGAGUUAAGUAACGUGCCUGUACCAGUAAUGCUGAUGCCAGAUGACUUUAAAGCCUACAGUAAGAUCAAAGUGGACAACCACCUAUUUAACAAGUAGGUGCAUCACAGCGGUGUCAGCUCUAUCCAUUAAGGCCACAAUCUGCACUCUUAGUGUAAACUAGUGGGUCACCUGACUGCUCGAGUUGAAAACAACAGCUGUCACUCCUAAAUGACUGGAAGAUUUCCAUUUUUCUCAAGCAAUUAAAUCACAUGUGUGUCAUUUAUGAGCCCUUAAAAAUGACCAGUCUUGCCAGAAGCCACACUCUUUACUCAUGCACUUUGAUUUUCUGUGAUGCUGAGUUCAGAAAAAAGUGUGUGCUGUUUUCAGUAUCUUCACUGGUGUCGCAUUCUGCCACAAUAUAGAUUCUGCUGUACUGUCAUCAUCACCACCAGUUUAAACACAGGUGUACUUUAGUGAACACAUGUUUUAAAUGAAGUGCAUACAGACCAGAGAUUCCCUUCUCCUGACACAGAUGCAGCCACUGUGGCGUAUGAAAAAAGACGAGUGACACUUUAGAGCAGAACUAAACUCACUAACCAAAGAGUACCGCCCUAAACCUGGUGUUAACACGGGUGUCAGCAGAAAACAGAUUGAAAAAAAGGUGUUCGUUUUACUCCAAGUUUGAUGCCAACAUAUGAAAGCACUGCAGGAGUUUGUGUGUGUGUGUCACAUCAUGUGCCAGAGGUAGUUAUGACUCGGGAGUCUUCAGUCCAGAUCAUGAGAGGAAGCUGGUUGUGGUUGUGAUUAGUAGUCAGAGUUACUACAAGGACUCCUGACGUGUUUUGUAGCUCUGCUAAAAUGUGGUUCAUGAAUAAUUCAUGAAAACACACUUCACUUCUUAAACAUUUUGAACAUAAAAGUUUGCAGUUUUGGAGUCGCUCAGGUACUUUAUUCUGAAACAUUUCACCUCUGAUGUGUUUUUCACAAUAAAAGUCCCCACUUUUUAGGUCGUUGGAAAACUUUUCUCCUGAAACAGCCAUGUCAGGAAAUGACGUGGUUUAAUCUAGGACUGGGCGAUGAAACCAAAAAUUUACAGAUACUGAAAUUUACGUCAAUAAGCGACGUCAUUUUGCUCAUGUCGGUAAAUUCAGUGUCAGAAAACAAUAAAUAAAUAAAUGAAAGUUGGUUUUGGAUGUGUGUAGGUAGGCUAUGGUCUCAUGUCAGAGACGUCACUCCACCCCAUCCAGUCCGAUGGAGGACUGUUCAAAAGUUGUAGCAGCUGGAGCGGUGGCUGAAGUAGACGAAGUUAAAGUGGGAGGGGGUGAGCAGCUUGUGAAGAAGUUAUUGUCCAUUUAUCGUUAUCGAGUUGAACUGCUCAAUGUAUCGUGAUAUUGAUUUAUCACCCAGCCCUAGUUUCAGCUGUAGUAACUUGUGCAAGUCAACCGGUCCACCACAAUUAAGUACGGGGUUCGGAAGAUUUGGAUCACAUAGAUCCAGUGAGUCGCAACUACUUACAGAGAAUUAAACACACAGGUCAAAGGUCAUAGCAAGUGAACAACACACUCUUUUCAUCAUAUAGUGUUACAGAAAAUUUUCUCUGCAAAACCAAAAAACGCCCACCCCUAUUCAGUGUCAGUGACAGUGAGGAUAUAACUGCAGGAUGAACACUGAAAGUGAUCUCUAAUGACAUCCUCUGGUCUCUGACGGCUAUGAGAAGAGGAUAAUCCGGAUAAUUGGCGGUGGCACGCAUUAAUUUUGUCAUUGAACCAUACAUUUUUAGUGAGAAUUUUAGGCUGACAGUCAAUAAUAUCAACCUCUGGAUAGUGUGAUUAAAGAAAGACACAGUCCACAAGUCCUGGUUAGAGUACUUGUAUGCAUGCAUGUCCACAGCAAUAGAAAUUGGCCUUUGUGACAAUGACGUGUUUUUGUCUGCUGCACUUUUCUGUGUUUCUCACCCAUCCUACUUGCUGACUGUGUUUCACCAAGCUUAGAGUUCACCAGUCGCGCAAACAUAUUCAGAGAGAAGAGCUCAAAACUAAAGCAGAUUCUGUUUUCGUUCUUCUUCCUCAUUUUCAGUUACAAGCCUCUGAGUCUCUGACUGUGAAUUUGCUGACUGUGUGCGACUCUCUGUCUCUUUCCUGUCAGAGAAAACCUGCCUAGUCGUUUUAAGUUCAAAGAGUACUGUCCCAUGGUGUUCCGAAACCUGAGGGAGAGAUUCUGCAUCGAUGACCAGGACUACCAGGUGAGAGGUCUUUCCAGGGUGGAAGAUGUAAACAUGAUGAGAUGAAUUAGAUUAUUCAUGAGUGACGUGAGAAUGUAUUUGCAUUUCUUUAUGGCAGAACUCGCUGACAAGGAGCGCUCCACUCAACAGCGACUCUCAGGGUCGCUUUGGCAACCGCUUCCUGUCCAGCUACGACCACCGCUUUGUAAUCAAAACCGUGUCCAGUGAGGACAUCGCUGAGAUGCACAACAUCCUAAAGAAAUAUCACCAGGUAGAGAUACCCCUCUGAUCACCACACACACACACACAACACACACAGAAAGAGGAGGCAGAGUGUGUAUGACUCAGUACUUCAAUAUCGGUAAUGUGGUCAAAUGUUGGGUAUGAUUAAUAGUUUUUGUUCUUGUUCAGCCUCUGACAAGCUCAUAUUGUCUUAGUGUUCAACAGCAUUACGUAAAGCAUCCCUGCAGAGAUGGACCUGUUUGAGAAAAACACAGAUUUGACCGUGCCGAACACAGUAUUUGUUUAUAUGCUGCUGCAUCGUUAAUUACUUUGCUUUGGGGCCGUGACUUCUGUGCUUUUUAACUCCUGGAUUUUUGCUUGUGAAAAACAAACAAACAAACAAAAAGUGAGUAAAGCAGAAAUGGACCAGCUCCUCAGUGCUCUACAGGGUAAAAUCACUUUUCUUCAUGAAUGGAGUCAGUACCUUUUCUGGUUUCCAAAAACUGGACCUUAAUCUUUAUCAAAAAAAGUCUCUGGUGUUGGACACAUGGAGUAACAUUAUCUGACCUAAACAAAUACUUGAAUGAAUGCACUUCGAUCAGGUGCAUUUUAUCCACGAGGUUAGAGACUCCUGCUGCAGGAAACACCUUCUGCAUCUGUUCUCCAAACCUUUUUUCUUUACCUGUCAGUCAUUUAGACCCCGACGUAUUUAAAACAGGGCUACAGUUUCCUCAUUAAUCUCACGGUUCACUCUUCUGCAGCUCCAGUCCAAGUGAAAAAUGUAACAGCAUGCACUACAGGAUGGGAAAAAAAAACAACCAACAGUCCCUUUGUUUUACUCUCGAGUCACGUUUGUAUGUAAAUGAGGCAGGACUGUGGAGAUGCUGUUGUUUCCAGUAUUAAUCAGUUUUCAUACUGUAUAUUUGAUUCUUCACUCCCACUCUUAAUGCUCCACUCUCUGCUUUGAUUGCCUCCAGUUUAUCGUGGAGUGUCAUGGCAACACGCUGCUCCCUCAGUUCCUGGGCAUGUACAGGCUAACGGUGGACGGGGUGGAGACGUACAUGGUGGUAACCCGGAAUGUAUUCAGCCAUCGCCUCACCGUGCACCGCAAAUAUGACCUAAAGGUAGGAUGUCACUAUAAACUUCAUGCCUUGUUUUCCAAAGAAGUUGUUCCCAGCUUUCUGAGUGUUUUCUAUUAACCGUUAACUUUACAUAUGAUGUACUUGGAAAUGAGUUGCUUCAGAAGAUCUCCACUGUUCACAUCUGACAGACUCUGCUGACACGCUCUCCUAUCUGAAUCUAAACAAGCACUAAAGACAGUUGAAUCAGUCACUUUGGAGCAUCCUGAUUGAAAACAAUAUAACUACACAGGCUGUCAAAGGGCAAAUUAAUCACCAUAGAUAACGUUUCAACAUUUAUUCUGGUGGUUUAAGAUGAAGCAACGGAGACUUGAGGCUUUAUGACAGUAUGUAUAUCUAUAUAUAUCAUGGAUUUAUAUGAAGAUCAUGUUAUCUCCCCUUUUGAUUCUAAAAGUGUGCAGUAUUCAUUUAAAGCAGUAGUUCUUAAGUCCAGUCCUCGAGGCCCACUGUCCUGCAUGUUUUGAAUGUUUCCCUGCUCCAACACACCUGAUUCAAAUGAUUAGCUCGUUAUCAACCUCUGCAAUGGCUCAAUAACGAGCUAAUCAUUUGAAUCAGGUGUGUUGGACAGUGGGCCUCGAGGACUGGACUUGAGAACCACUGAUUUAAAGGACAAUAUCACAGGUUUUUUUUUUUUUCAUCACAGUCUAUUUACAGUUGUUUUGGGAGCAUCUCUGCAUAUGUGAUAAAAGUUUUAUAAAAAGUACUAAGUGGCUCCAAAGGGAAAUGUGUGAAGUCAGUUUAUCACCUUAAGUGUUGUACUUAGCCCACUCAUCAUCUCUCCUGCAGGCUAGUCCAUGCAUUUAUAAUUAAGACUUGGGUAUCACAGGGACCAUAAACCACAAAGAGAGCAGACAGCCCGCUUCAAACUGUUAGCAAGUGUAUGGACUAAAAAGCUACCUGACUCUGAAACAAGGUUUUGCCAGGUGGUCUGGGUGUGAGUGAAUCAGAACCAGAAUAAGAGUCCAGUUUGAGACCAAUGAACAGAGAUGUAGAAUAAGAAACGCUGGUAAACAUCAGCACUCUUCCUGUCAGGGCACCUAAAUCAACUUGGCAUGGCAAACCCUCAUCUCUGUCCAUUGUUGAGAGGUAUUGUGGGUAGUGUAGGCACUACCUUUUUGACAACUGAAGAAAACAGGAUUUUCUAGGGCUGGGUGAUAAAUGGAAAAUUCCCUGAUACCGAAAUUUCAGACAAUAACCAUCAUUUUGCCCAUGUCAAUAUAUUUGUUGUGAAAAAAUAAAUCACUAUAGGUUGGUUUUGGAUGUGUGUAGGUAGGCUAUGGUCUUGUGUCCCUUUAAGACGCUGUUCUAUAUCGGAGACGUGACUUUACCCCAUCCAGUUUGUAACAAAGAAGGAAAGACAGGUGAGGAGAUGGAGGGCGGUUCAAAAGUUGUAGUGGCUGAAGUAGACGAAGUUAAUGUGGGAGAGGGUGAGCAGCUUGUAGCGUAGUCAUCGUCCAUUUAUCGUUAUCGAGGUGAACUUCUCAAUAUAUUGUGAUAUUGAUUUGAUGCCAUAUCGCCCAGCCCUAUGAUAUUCUGUGUGUUAGAUUCUGUAGGAGGUCUUCCUUCUGUUUCUGUGGGUUGCUACAGUAUUCACUUCCCUGUUUAUUUGCUUGUGUGGCUCUGAGAAGUACCCCUGUGCGGUAAUGUGUAUUUUCACUCUACACAUUGGUGCAUCGGGAGUGUGUGCUCUGUGUUUCACUUCUGUUUAACCUGAGUAAAACUUUACAGUUGUUUCAUCUGAUGAUAUAAAAAGAACCCUCAUAAAUAUUAAAGUCAAGAAGCAGCACUGUUUUCUGGUUGUACUACUUCACAACUUUGUUGCAGCCUAAAAUAAACAGUCGCUGGGUUGUGAUUUAAUUUCUAGCAUGGCUCAAAUCAAUCAGCUAUAAACCAUUGAGUGAGUUUUUAGAUUUGGAUAGAGAGAAAUGUGCAUGUCCGUGAAUUUCAAUCAGGAGGAGUUUUAUGUGUCCUUGUAAAAUCCAGGGGGGGAUGACAAAUCCAGCUCAUUGGAUUAAGAGUUUUGGGUUUGUGUUAAAUAUUUCCAAACCAGUAGUUCUUGCGCAGUGUGCUCGCUGCAUUUUUACUUCUUCCUAAAAAUAAUCAUUCAAAGCAUGAGCCUCCUCUUCUCUUGCCAAGUAUCCUCACGAGAAAGCAGCCUUACCUAUCCAGUAUUGACAGUUUAAAAAGAAACUGUCUGAGCAACAGUGGGUAAUGUGCUAACAGUGCGUUUGAUGCAUCUUGAGCUGUUUUCACUGGAGUCUAUUUUCAUCUUAUUUUCUCUCUCUCUCUCUCUCUCUUUUUAAGGGUUCUACAGUCUCCAGGGAAGCCAGCGACAAGGAGAAGGUGAGUUUUAUUUCUGUUCAGCGAUGUUCGCUGACAUGAUGAGACCAAAAUAAAUACCCUCAGCUCAACUCAGAGGCAAACCUGUCAAAUAUCAAAUGACAGGACACAAAGCUACAAGGAUACAAGACUCUUAAUGCCAUGAUGCAGAUGUGCAAGGACAACAGUAUAACGUAACCUGACGGUUACUCCAUGUGUUAAAAAUGUAGAAAAAAGCUUGAAAAAAAUACAAAAAACUGAAAACAACAUUGUCAAAAUUCAGAAAAACUCUACCUUGUGGUACCUUGUUGCUAUGGCAUUAAGCCAUUGUUGUGUAAUCAUGCUCUGUUGGAGUACUACUCAAGGUUUGUAUGGUUAUGGAAACCUGGAGAAGUCUGAGAACCUUAAAUGAAUUCAAAUCCAUCCCUAAAAAAAUGUUUGGAAAAGUGAAUCAAAUUGGAAAGAUUAUGAACAUUUGCUUUUAACCACCUGAAUGGAGGAGUUUUUAGUCCUAUUUUUCAUAUACACAAAAACAUUUUCAUGACAAGUCACACUGAAGUCAAACUAACUUCACAGCAAAACUGUGGAUGGGUCCAGACUAAUAAAUGACAACAGACAAUAACUAGCUUCAUGUUUAUGAAGCCAGACUUCAUUUUUUCCAGUGAGGACAGGAUUCUUCAAAGAAACUGUCUUCAUCUUCAUCUUUUUAUCUUCUUUUUUACAUUAGAUUACACUUAUCCCAACCAUUUAUAUCCUGCCCUUUGUUACAGUUGGAGAUGUAAACCAGCAUUUAUUCCAUUUCAUUAUUGUCUUUUUCAGGCGAAAGAACUCCCAACUUUUAAAGACAAUGACUUCCUGAAUGAAGGUCAGAAGCUGCAGAUUGGAGAUGACAACAAGAAGUACUUUUUGGAAAAACUAAAACGGGACGUAGAGGUGAGAAGCACAUUCAGCACUGCAUGUUACAAUGGCAAAUAAAGGUUGAGUCAUUCAGAAGUCCAAAUAUUAUGAAUAUGAAGUAUCAUGGGAAUAAAAUCAUGGUGACGUUGUAGUUUUAGUAUACAGGGAGCAAAUGAGGGAAGGUACUAGAGCUUCUGAUGAAGUUGUACUUAAGUAACAGUUCAGAUAAAAUUGUACGAGAAGGUUGGCUUUCAAUACAGUGGAUCAAAAAAGUAUUUGGCAGCCACUGAUUCUGCAAGUUAUCCCACUUAAAAAGAUGAGAGAGGCCUGUAAUGUUCAUCAUAGGCACACUUCAACUGUGAGAGACAGAAUGUCAAAGAAAAUCCAGGAAAUCAUGUUGUAUGAUUUGUAAAGAAUUUAUUUGUAUAAAGGUGCAGAAAAUAAGUAUUUAGCACCUAUAAAUAAGCAAGAAUUCUGUCCCUAACAGACAUGUUACUUCUUCAUUAAGAAGCUCUUUUAUCCUCCACUCGUUACCUGAAUUAUUAGCACCUGUUUGAACUCAUUAUCUCUAUAAAUGACACCUGUCCACACCCUUAAACAGUCAGACUGCAACCUCUCCACCAUGGCCAAGACUAAAGAGCUGUCUCUCAUCUGUUUAAGUGGGACAACUUACAGAAUCAGUGGAUGCCAAAUACCUUUUUUGCCCCACUGUAUCCUUGUCUAAUCGGCAUCAUGUGGGUGAUUGUUGACUAAAUGAACAGCUUCGUUCUUGUAACAAUUACUUUAAUUAGGGUGACCAUACGUCCUCUUUUACUUAAACAUGUCCUCUUUCUUUGGGGCUGUCUGGCCUUGUCCAGGGAAGUUUAUAAAAUCCUUCAAAUAUCCGGGAUUUUGUAUAGAAGUUUUGAGUUUGUGUCAUGUGGACUUAAUGAGAUAGAAGUGCGUGAAAGACACUCGAACCCGACUUGAAAAACUCUCAAAAUUAACUUUGUGCGACUCUGUGACUCUGCCCCUGCAUAGUUGUGUUCUCUUUUUGGGGAUUUAGAAUAUGGUAACCCUAUUUUAAUCACUCAAGGACUUUUAAAAUCUUUUUUUUCUUCUUCAUGUGGCUCUAAAACUCUGUUGUGUAUGCAAAAAGCAACCUCUAAGAUUAAAAGAGGAUCAAUAGUUUAGGCUGUAAAUAUCGGUAGAUCAAUAGAGUUCCCAAAAUUCUCAGUUUUAGGGGCUCUGAUGAAAACACAGUAGAAGAGUGGACCUGUGGCGUGAAUGUAGCAAAGGUUAGCAUUGCAGAGUGAGACCAAACAGCACAACAGAGACAGCUUUCAGAGAUAUUGUUCAGACUUAUAUUUUCACGUUGCAAAAAAUUACAAAACAAUAGGAUCUUGCAUUGUAUGAAUCGUUCUUGUCUCCUAUGCCCUUGUCAGUUCCUGGCCACCCUGAAGAUCAUGGACUACAGUCUCCUGGUGGGCAUCCAUGAUGUAGACCGGGCGGAGCAGGAGGAGAUGGACGUGGAGGGCACGGGAGAGGAGGAUGAGUACGAGAACGACGGGAUGGGAGGAGGUGUGCUCACUGGCUCUUUCGGCACUCCUCCCGACAGCCCUGGAAACCCUCUCAACUGUGGGGGGUUCUUCGGCCCUGGGGAGUUCGACCCCUCCGUGGAUGUUUACGCAAUCAAGAGCCACGACAGUGAGGAUGGUCUUUAUCUUCCUUCUGACUUUGUGAACUUUGCUGUGGCUCUAGACAAAGCAGUGAUAGCUGAUUACAUAAAGGAAAAGUAGGUUCUAUGUUCUUAUUUUCGCACAGACACACAAAGUAAGGUUGAACUAUUUAAAGCAGCCAACUUCAAACUAAGGAGUGGAACAGACUAGGAGUGGCCAAAUCUGCAGUCGUCAUAAAUAAUAAUAGAAAUAUGUGUCACUCAGAGCCACACCAAAACAAAAUAAACCAUUGAACCCUGUGAAUUUAAUUCAAGGUGAGAGUUACCUCUGGUGCUGUGCUGCUCUCCUUCCAGGUGCUGUGAAGAAGGAGGUAUACUUCAUGGCUAUCAUCGACAUCCUCACGCACUAUGACGCUAAGAAAAAAGCUGCACAUGCUGCCAAAACUGUGAAACACGGGGUGAGUGCAAAGACCGCGUUAGGAUCCUUCAGUCUGUGGCUACAUGGGAUGAGAACAGAAGAGGAAUGAGUCCAAAAAUAAUCCUUUUGAAAUGAAAAGGGCAUUCUGAAACAAAUAAGCAUUAAAAAUACACAAAUUAGUGUGUAUUGCAAGAAUUUGGCGUCCCAGCGCAGGGAUUAAGUUUUACUAUUUUCAGAUUAAUUUCCUCACUAACAGCUCUGCCUGUUUUUUGGGCCAGUGUUCUUUGUAUUUAUCAACACAAUAUGUGCUGAUUCCUCAUGUCCAAAUCCAAGUAAUGCUUGAGAGGAAGACUCAAGUGACUGAAGAUGGUUUACAACACUGCCACCUAGUGAUGAGCUGUUGAAACAACACAGAGGAGGCGAGUGUUUUUGUUUGUGGUAACCGUCUCGCAAAAUAUAAUAUUAUUCAACUACAGUGUAUUCUAUUACAGUCAUAUACAGUACAUAGGUUAAAAAGCAUAAAGAAGCAGUAAUUCUAACAAAGUUAAACAAAUGAAAUCUAUUCAGUCAUCUCAUCUGUUUCUAAGUAACCGGAUUUCAUAGAUAGAUAGAUGGAUAGAUACUGAAGAUAUCUAUAGGUAUCUAUAGAUACAUAGAUCAUGAUGUGAAACUUGCUCUUUUAUUUCUAGUAUAUUCAAACAUCUCCAAACAAGUUCAGCAACCAGAAUUAUUCUGAGAUAAAAUCUUUAUCAGGAGUUCAUGCUGACGUCGUCUGCAAGAGAGCAGCAUGAUGAAAAAAUGAAAUGACUCAAAUUCAAACAACAGAAAUUCAACAAUGCUUAUAAGUGAGUGAAGUUACCAACAGAUAAUACAAAUUCAAAUUUGAUGCAUCCACAAGUUCAGCUUUACAAAAAAAUGUUAGUCAGAGUGUUAGAAGACACUACGAUGAGGAAGAUUCUUUAUUGAAAAAAACUUUAGCUGAGUAAUCAGCUUGGGCAUUUUGGUUCCUUUCCUACAUGAUUUCAAAAAGAGGAACAGAUUAUUUUUAAGGGUUAUUUUUAUUUUGCUUUCAUUUCCCUUAUUCAGCAAACAGGACUCAGCUGCUGAUAGAGAAUGAAACUGUUUAGAAAGAGUGGUGGUAUGCAACAAAAGACCAGGGUCAGAUUGGAUUCUGGACCUGCCUUUGCAGUUCAUCUGAUACCCUGGAAACAGCAAAUUUUAAGAUACCAUUCUUGUUUUUUCUCUGGGCACCCACAGGCAUGAAUGUCAUACACUAUUUUGUUGUUAAUUUUAUUAUAUUGAGAUGGUAUAUGAUUACACUAUUAGAAAUUUGAUCAUUAAGGGGAACAAAAUCAGGUCCUCAGGUCAGAGCGUUAGUGAUAAUCCAAAAUAUCAGAUUAUAAACCAUGAGGUGAAAAUGGUUUAAGAUACAGUAUGUAAUAUUUUGCAGCAAUCAGCAAACAGACCUGGCAGAAAGUGAUUACAGUUCUCACAAGUUUGUUGAAAUGAGUAAAUAAUCUCCUGAAAUUGUUUUGUUUUUGUUUACUUUAGCUGAGCCCUUGAUUUCUGCAUUAGGGGCAGUAUUUUAAUGAAGGAUCUCCCAUUUCUACACUGAACUUUUAACAUUAACCAUGAAUUAUGAUGAAACCUCAUGAACCAAAACUAUACUUCUGAGUCUGGAAUACAGCUCCCAUAAUGCAUCCUAGAAACACUUUAUCUGGGAAAGAUGGAGUCGAAUCAGGGAGAGCACUUAUCCAAGGGGGGCUAGAUUGAAUACUUCAAAGAUGAACAGAAGCAGCAUGAGUAAGACAUCAAUGACUCAUGACUUCAUUCAUUUUAUUUUCCAAAUUUAUGUGAUGUUGAUCAAUCGGAGCCUCCACAGAAGAAAACAUAUUUACAGGAUCUCUGCAGGUUCCAACAAGUCAAAUUUAUGACUUUUUAUUAAAGACUUUUGAAAGACCACAAUGAACACAAUUUAAGACCCAUUUAACAUCCAUACUGGCAAAAAGUAUAAAAGACAUUAAGGGAAAUCGGAACAUUUUACAUAACUUCAAAUCAAUCUAUAUUCCUAUGGCUCAUUAUUUUUUUUUGUAGUAGAGUUGAUAUAUUUUUAAGACCUUUCAAAAUCGCAUUUAAGACAGCAGAUACCCUGAGUUUAAGACUGGAAACAGUUGCAGAAGAUGAUCAAUUGUUUUGUUGUGCUUAUAUUUCAUGUCUCCUUCCAUCCAUGUUAAUUUCUGCUGUUUGUUUGUUUUUGUUUCUCAGGCGGGAGCCGAGAUCUCGACGGUGAACCCGGAGCAGUACUCCAAACGAUUCUACGAGUUCAUGUCCAACAUCCUAUCAUAGACUCAUCUCCCAUCCCUCAGUCCAGCCUUUCUCUUCUGUCAUAGAUCUGUCAAACGCUGCGCACUUAUUUCUCUCCUCACCUCAGCGUAGGUCCAUCUCCCCCCUCUGCCUCUCCAUCCCCUUUUAAAAAAACAACAAAAAAACUACCAUCGUACUCCGACAGACGGCACUAGUCUGGCAGGAGGGACUCAUCAAGCCUGUUACACUUUUCCACACAAACCUCCCUCGUCCACUGCAAGGAAAACUUGUGAAUUCCCUCCCUGAAUUUGGAUCAACAUCCUGAUAAUCUCCCUCUUCUUUUUUAAAAGUUUCUGGCUCCCGAUCCGCCUCAGCCACCUUGUUACUUCUCACGCCAGCACGGAAACUGUCUCACUAAUGCCUUGAACGAGUGUCAGCUUCAGCAGUUACCAGUUUGUUAGUAGAGUCUCUUUGGUUUCUGUUAAUGUCGUUGUUGUUCUUCUUAUGAUUUCUAUUAGACACAAACACACACCGACACACACAUACACACACAGAUGUAAACAACUCACACAGAUGCUGAAUGGUCAGAUUGCAUGACAAACUUUUUGACAGUCGCCAUCAGACUUCUCUGUCUGUAACAACAGGAAAAAAACUCAAACUUCUGCUGACUAAUUGGAAGAACAGGGGAUAACACAUUAAUAUAUAAUGGUGUAUUAAGUAACUGAAUGCAAUAUCAAAAAUGCAUGGCUGAUGUGUACAUGAGACUCCACCAGUAAGUUGAAACAUCAAACCACUGAACUUAGCAUCUGAGUGUUAUGACUUAAAUGACAAAAAGCAGAAAAAAAAACUUGGUGUUUGAAUGUUACGUUGCCAUAUUGUUUUUGAAUAUUUUUGAAAUUUUAACCGUGAGCUUGGUGGAGGUUGGUCUAAGAAAAAAAAACUCACAUAAAAAGGGGAAUUCUGCAGCAAAUACUUGUUUUAUUACCAUAAGGAUCAUUUUUAUAUCUUGUUUACAUUAAUGUAGCAAUUUUGUGUUUGUAUACAGUAUUGUUUUGUUACCAACAGACAUUAGAAAAAAAAGGUUACUUGAAAAUGAUUCAUUGCAUAUUAAAGGGAGUUUUAUCUUGUU